CCCCAAACCCCUCCUGAACGGAGAGAUCUCCAACCCCACACUCAUUUAAAGUACUAUCGACGAUCAGAUCAAGAUAGGUAUACGGAAGGCCAGCACAAUGCCUAGCAAGGGAGUCCAUACCUUCACCUACAUCGCCGUGCCCGGGUGCUCGAUUGAGCUCUCAGUGCCCAAGCAGACUGUGAGGAUCGAUGAACUUCACCGCUUUUCCAACACCGCCAUGGAGGUCGAAGCCUUCGCCAUCAGCAGCUUCUUCGAUAAGCGAGGCCGGUUCACCUUCAAGGUAUUCCUGCACGGCAACCAGAUCGCCGAGCAAUGGAUCGAUAUCAACGCCAUCACUGGUAACGCCAGCGGCGGUACCAUGGAGUCCAUUGCAAACACGCCAUCCAUCUUCCACGACGACAUCAUCAUCUCGUACGGCCUGUAUGAAGCGGGCAACGGCCAUGACCUGCUGCCGAACCGCCACCAAUGCUACAUAACCGUCACGCCCAACUACGCCAACUGGAUCGGCAGCGUGGCUCCUCCCGGCUCCGAGCUGGAGAACAGGCCCUUCACGCGCCUGGUCCUCCCCUCGGCGCACGACGUGGGCAUGAACAGCAUGCAGAGCAGCGAGGCCGUUUUGCGCAAGGUGGGCGGCGCCGUUGUCGGCGAGCUCGUCGACGAUAACCGCGUCCUCGCCGAGCUGGCCGACAAGAUCUCGGCCGACGCCAUCGCGCUCAUCGCGCCGAAUAUCAUCUUCAGCCUGGCCAUCACCCAAAAGGACAGCCUGGAUGCCAUGCUGCAGAUCGGCGCCCGCUAUUUCGAAUUCCGCCCCGCGCACUUGCACCGCGCGGUGAUCCCUACGGGCGCGCUGCCUGACCGGCUGUAUUUCCAGCACAGCGCGAUCCCGGGCAUGGAAUACGAGGCCUUCCUCCGGGAUGUGGUGGCGUUCCUGCGCGCGCAUCCGACCGAGAUCAUCGUGGUGCAGCUGCGGUGGGACGGCGUGCCCGACGUCUGCGCGAAGCCGUCCGACGACGAGAAGAGGCAGUAUCUGGAGGAGGCCCUGCGGCAGGCCGACGGGGAGAUCGUGGCGGGCAACCUGGACGACAUGAAGCGCUGCAGCAUCGGCGAGCUGAGGCGGGACAGGAAAAGGCUCAUCAUGCUCGACAGCGUCGACUCGCUGUCGACGUACACGGAUGAGGGCAACGCCACGCUGAACGGGGACAGCAUCGUCGAAGCGUUGCCAAGGGUUCUGACUCUUGAUAAUCAGCGGGGUAAGGCGUUUGUCAAUAUCCAGUGCCAGUCUACGGCGUCCAACAUCCCGCGCGCCGUCGUUUACUCGGUUCUCGAGGCCAGUGUCACGACGAGCUGUCUGCUGGCGACCAAGGGGCUGUGCGACUCCAAGACGCUGCCCUGGUGCAGGGAUAAUGUCUUGAGGACCUGCGAGCUGGAUCAGCUUGUGGUCAUGAUGAACGACUGGAUAGACGGUGCCACGUCUGACAUCGCAAUCCAGUUGAGCCGUCAGAGGCUGGAAAGGUGAUGGCCUUGCAUGAGAUGGAAGCUCACCAGGCGCCCUCGGCAGCCGCAGCUCCCUUCGAGGUAAUGACAGUAGUAUCAAGUCGGUUUUGAAUAAGACUCGUUCUUCUUGAAAAA